AUGUACAAACCUACUCAAACAUUUAGUGGACCACGUCUUACUAGUCGUAGCGGUUUAAGUUUCGUUAUCGCACAAAAUGUACUUGUCAAGCGUGAAAACUGCUACUUGCGUGGUUUGGUGGAAAUUCAAACAGAUGAUAAAGUUAGUACUGCAUACACUGCUACAAUCGCUUUAUCACCUUUCGCAUUCUAUUCCACCUGGAUUGCAAGAUUUGGCGUUCCAUUACGUGUAACCACAGAUCAGGGACGACAAUUUGAAUGCUAUUUGUUUAAAGAGCUGUCUAAGCUUCUUGGUAUUCAGCACUUACGUACCACAGCUUAUCACCCUGCUUUUUAUGGAAUUAUUGAAAGAUUUCACAGGUCUUUGAAAGCAGCCAUUAAGUGUUAUCAAAAUGACAACUGGGUUGAAAUAUUACCUCUCAUCCUUCUAGGAUUUAGAGUUGUAGUGAAAGAAGAUAUUAACGCAUGUCCUUCACAACUGGUUUAUGGCGUUGGCUUACGUUUACCCGGGGAAUUCAUUUCAGAAGUUAAUCGCGACGUCUCAAACCCUCAGGCAGAAUUUGUAGCUAAACUAAAAAGAUUUAUGAACGACUUAAGACCUACUCAAACUGCUCAUCAUUCUAGUGGAAAGGUUUUUAUUGAAAAAGAUCUUUAUUCCUCGGAUCAGGUUUUCGUCAGAAAUUCCAUGAUUUGUAAACCAUUGCAGGCUCCAUACGAAGGUCCAUUCACUGUUCUUAAGCGUUUCGAUAAAUAUUUUGUCGUGGAUGUUAAGGGAAGGAAAGUGAAUAUCUCGGUGGAUCGCCUCAAAGCAGCCUUCAGUGAACAAUAUUUUAAGGAACAAGAAGUUAAGCCUUUAGUCACUGACAAGAACGAUCAUAAGACAUACACUUCGCGUUAUGGUCGCAAGUUGUUUUUUCGGAAGGGGGAAUAA